AUGGACACCUCCUUCAGCUUCACCCCUUUGUGGCACGAUAAAGCAAUUAUCUACAAGCCCGAGGAAGCUCUGCGUGCUCUAGACGAUACGAUCUAUGCCUGCAUCCUGAGAUCCAAGCUCUUGCCUAAGAAUGGCGAAGUCUUCCACACGCUUGAGGUCUUACGCGUGGUUUCCGCCGUUGCGAAACACAUGCUACUCGACCUUGGUUUCGAUAAUGAGGUACUGAGCAAGAUCCGAACCACAGCCGUCAAGCUGGUCCCAGAUCACAGCAUAUUCUCUCUCAUCGACGCUUGCCUUGUGUCUUGGUACUUCCAGGCUGUGGAUGUCAUCUACACACAUAACCAGGCCCGCCGCCGGGUUUCUGGGCCAAAUCUGCCAUCUGCUUGGAUUGGGGGCUAUACUGAUGAGCGCCCUAUGGCCAAUCUAGGCUUUCUAAGCAUGCUUGCAGGAUCCCGCGAUUCGCAAGUACCUGAGCACCCUAAGCUUCGGGCAGCUUCCCUCGUGUCUAAGACCACAGUAGCGGUUCUGUAUACUGCUUAUACUAUCGGGCCUCAUCUCACAAACUUCCCAUGGAGAAAGCUCAAGCAUAUGCCCGUUCUCUCAGCCGUCGAUCUUUAUCUCAAGGUCUUCAUCUCCACUUGCGGCACCGUCUACAGUAACGAUCCGGCCAUCAUACCUCCCCCUGCUUUUGAGUACAGUGUUACUCAAGAAGACGUCAAGGUCUCCAAUUGUGGCCGGAAGCUCUUGGUCAAGGUGCAUGGUGAUGAGGACUGGCGCACAGCUCCCAAAUGGCACCCCUACAUUAAAGUCCCCGGGUCCCCAUGGAACAACUUCAUCAGAAACCGCAAACAGCCUAUCUUUUUCGAUGACUUGGGCUAUUCCGGAUACUGUGAGUCUGAAUCGGCAGGUUCUGAAUCCGAAUCUGAGUUUCCUUCUGCGUUCGCACCUGAGCCCGAUGAGGCCGAGUCGGAGUGUUCUGAGUCGGAAAAAGUGACCAUCAAAUACAAACUUCCAAGCUCAGCCCUCACUAUCUUCCGACAAUUCGAGGAUACACAUUCCGCUGCCAGGGAAGAUUUGGACGAGAAUUACCCAGGCACUCGACGUGUGCUUUCAGAGCGUGCAGCCAACCGCCAGUACAACCGGUUCGCCCGUCUUUCAGGUCGCAAGUAUGCGAAGGAGUGCCCUGAUGAUGCUUCUGCUGUUUAUCUGACUGAUGCUAACGAGGAUUUCUUGUACUAUUCUCCUGUGAUCCAAAAGCCCCGUGCAGAUGCGGCUGGAAAUCUUGGUCUCCCUUUCAUGUCCACCGCCGUUCACGCUUUAGGAGCUCACGAUGACCCUGAGGAGCCGGAUGAUGGUUUCUUCAUUAUGACUUACAAGCAGUAG